AUGUGGGGUUAUGCCAAGUUUAUGAAGGAGUUAGUCACAAAGAAAAGGAGCUUGGAUUUUGAGACAUUCAACGUUUCUCAUAGUUGUAGUGCAAUUAUGACUAAGGAGCAGAUCAAAAAGAAAGAGGACUACAGAGCGUUCACCAUCUCUUGCACCAUCGGUAUGCUCCAAUUUUCUAAAGCCCUAUGCGAUUUGGGAGCAAGCAUCAACCUAAUGCCUUAUGCGAUCUAUAAACAACUUGGGUUGGGUGAAUCGAAAGCCACAACAAUGAGAUUCUUGAUGGCAAACCGAUCAAUUAAACAUUCUGUGGGGAUACUAUAUGACAUAUUGGUAAAGAUUGACAGAUUCAUUUUCUCGGAUGAUUUUGUCAUUCUCGAUUGUGAAAUAGAUGCUGAAAUUCCAAUCAUUUUGGGAAGACCAUUCUUAGCAACUUGGAGGGCAUUGGUGGAUGUUGAAAACGGAGAACUAAAGUUUUGGGUGAAUGAAGAUGAAGUAACCUUUAAUGUUUGUAAAUCAAUGAAACACCCAAGUCAUAGUCACGUGAUCUCCACUGUUGAUGUUAUUGAUGAGGUGGUGGCUAGUGUGAGUCAUUUGAUGUGUAUGAGUGAACCACUUGAAGUUGUGCUUGCUAACUAUGAUGAAUUCAAAAUUCAAGACUAUGAAGAGUUAGUAGCUGCUCUUUUAGGCUUGGGGGGUAUUCAAAGACUCCAUUGA